AUGUCGCGUCCAGCCCGCUCUGUAAAGUCCUUGCUCUCCGUGAAUUCUAGGGUCCCUCCUGUGGCUUCAAGGCCUGUAACAGGUAGGCCAGAGGUGCGGUCUGGAUCGAAGUUCUCGGACCAUUUGAACGGCGUAUUCCCUGGACUCCAAUUCCCUUCAGAACUCGCUCGUCGUAUACUUACGCAUGCCAGUCAUCAAACAGCGACGAACGGGCAUAACGCAAGUUUAAGCUUCAUCGGUCGCCGUGUUCUUGACUCUUACCUUCACCUUUUCUUAACCUCAAGCUCGGCCCUCACACCCGAGCACGACUUGGAGAACAUCGCCUACCACACACUUCACACUUACGCUCUGGGGGAACACGUAGGGUCAAAAUGGGGCCUCGGUCGCACUUUGCGAUGGGUACCUGCCAUCGCUCCGGAGGUUCGCGAGCAAGUCUCUGACUCACCCGACCUGCGGAAGGUCGGGCUAUAUAAGGUUCAGGGAGACGCGGUAACAGCAGUGAUGGGCGGCAUAUUUUCCCAGUUUGGGGGCUCCGUGGCACACAGGGUGUUCCAUACACGACUGCUGCCAUGUAUGCUGGUGAAGGGUGCACUGCACGAAGCAUUCCAUCGUGAUGCUCUAGCAGUGUGUGACCGUAUGGGUGGACCGGAGGGGAGACUAGUGAAAAACUCAUCGACUAAAAAUGUGGCCGACUCAGCUUAUUGA